AUAAGAAACCGUGAGCAGCACUAGAGUCCACAGUUGACCACUGCCUCCAAUCGCAAAGGAACUAACGCAAGGAAGAUGAUGAAGAGUACGCUUGCCACGCUUCUCUUGGUCCUUCUGGCUGCUUCGGCGGUGAACGCUGGUAUUCACUACGGAGGAUACGGCGGAGGUGGCUACGGAGGUGGCUACGGAGGCGGAUACGGCGGCGGUCACGGAGGAGGCUACGGCAAGGUGAUCGUUCUUCACGGAGGCUACGGAGGCGGCGGCGGGUACGGCGGUGGUUAUGGCGGUGGCUACGGGGGUCACGGCUGGUGGUGAUCACUUCUCGGCGAAAGAUGAGGCAUGCAGGCCGCCAUCACUGCGUUCACAUCGACGGCAAGACACAUGUGUGCUACUUGAAUGGAGACCCUCAAUUUGUAAAUAAACUUACCAUCUCGAA